AUUAUUAAGUUGAUCACAUUGUGUGGUGCCUUUAUCUUUAAUUAUCUUGUCUAAUUAUAUUGCUGGUCUGCAUACACUGCGUAUGGGUUAAAUUGUUUGGCGAAACCAUAAUUAAGCUGUGGACUGAUUUGCCAUCAUAAGCAGACUGCUCGAAAAUAUGACGACCCCAGAUUCACUCUCAGUAAUUUUGAAUUUUCAGGUCAAUUAAUGCUAUAAUCCUACCCCAUACUCCUCGGACGAGAUUUACGCCAGUGGCCCGUUGUAAUAAUUUCCAACACCUUCAUCUUCACCAUCAUCCUCAUUCUUAUGAUAUCAAUCUAUCAACUGUUUUUCAUUUGAAAAUAUACGGUAUGGUGAUGUUUUUCAUUGGAAAAAUACAUACCCAAUCUGUUCUUGUACAUGUUUUGAUUCGUUUACUGAGUUUGAAUCUUGGGUUGUCUUUUUUUUUCAAGCAAUCUGCUUAUGAUCACAAAUGAGUCCACGGCUUAUUUCGGGUUUUCUCAAACAAAUAAUCCCAGACGCAGUGCAUGGAGACCAGGGAGAUAAAAAGACAAGAUGAUUACAGAUAACGGUACCUCAAAAUGUGACUAACUCAAUAAUGAGAGCACAUUUAAGUGCAGAAGCGAGAGAAUCACGCAAACGUGGUAUAACUAUACGGAGAAAAUAUGGUUGUGUAAAAACAUUUUUUUUCGGGCUAUGUUUAAAGUGUAUUCAAGACAAUAAUACAUUGUGGAUACUUUUAGUGACCGAUUCGUUGAAAGUGGAAAGAUGAAGACUAAAAGAAGAUCUGGAUUACUCUUCUUUGUCGCUAUCAUCCUUAAUCUUCUCCAUCCAUCGACAGGAAAUAAUGAUCUUUUCUUCUCGUUUGGAAUAACGGAAGGCGACAGAGUCAUGAGAGUAGUUGAUGACGGGUCCACAGUGCGACAAUUUAUCUCCGUGGUUUUCCCCUUCUUCGAUAAUAACCAAUAUAGUCUAUUCGUCAACACUAACGGUGUCAUCUCGUUCUUGGACCCACUGGUAACUUACACACCUCAAGGAUUUCCGCUUGGCGACGGCCGGCGUCUGCUGACACCCUUCUGGGCCGAUGUCGACACGAGGAAUGGCGGCGAUAUUUUCUAUCGAGAGGUUCUUCGAUUCGGACAAGACGACGAGCUGUUCGUCGAGGCCGAUGCCAUCAUAAGAUCAUCCUUCGUUGAAAUGAGAGACUUUGUGUCGUCGUGGAUGUACAUUGUCACGUGGGACCAGGUGGCUUUCUAUGAAAGUCAGGAUGAAAGUAUCAGGAAUUCUUUCCAGGCCGUGCUUGUAACCGAUGGCCGCUAUUCCUUCGCCAUCUUUAACUACGGUGAUAUCAACUGGACCACUGGGGGCGACAGCGGUGGUGAUCCAUCAACAGGUCUUGGUGGAACGCCUGCUCAGGUUGGAUUCAACGCUGGUGACGGAGUGACUUACUACAGCGUCCCUGGAUCUCAGACACCCGCCGUCGUCGACAUCGAAACGACCUCGAACAUAGGCGUUCCGGGAAGAUGGGUUUUCAGAACGGACAAUGCCAAUAUCGAAGGAUUAGAAUGCGUAACGUUUGGUAAGAUUAAUUUAUUUCCUUUGGUCGGUUCCAUGCUUGGCGGGACUCAGGUGUUCAUUAACGGACCGUGCUUCAACUCAACGAGCCAAAUCGUUUGUGAUUUUGACGGAAUCAAAACGAAUGGAAGGCUUCUGUCAGACAACACCGCGAUCUGCAUAUCGCCAACCUUUUACAAAGUCGGAAGAAUUCCUCUUCUAGUGUCUUUAGACGAUGGAAACAAUUAUCUGUUCAAAGGCACUUAUACAAUUAGUAGCGUGGAGGACGUCCCUGACAAUGUAUUUUCCUCGGUAACGGAAAGCGACCAAAGAGAAUCCGACUUCGUGAUCACAUGGGACACCGAAGCUUUGCAAAGUGUAAAUAAGGUCGACAUCGUGGUCUAUGGGUACCAAGAGGAGUGGGGAAUCGAUUUUAAUGGACCUUUGAUCACACUGGCGCAAGGAGUUGACUACAGUCUCGGGAAUCACACAGUUGUAGGAUUACCCUACAGCGAGACUGUUUAUGAGGUCGGAGUCAUCGGAGUCAUCGAUUCUGCAACUAAUGAUAGCCGCGCUAUACUCUGGAGCAAGGUCCAUGUUCUUCAGUGGAUGAAUGGCUUUGAUACAAAGAAGUGGUGUCGCAAUUGGCUUGACAUUGAGGUUGAAAAUGAUGAUACCUUUCUGAAUGCCACGCCACCGUGCCCUUGUACCUUUGACCAAGCUCAGUUGGACAUAGGCAGGUUCAGCCCCCAUCCGGAGUGUGACGUUGAUUCCACAGAACCCAACAACUGCAUUCACAAACCUCAAGCAAUGCAUUGUAUCCGAGCCAACAUCCCAAGCUUAAAAGGAGGAGGACAGGCGUGCUGCUAUGAUUUCGAGGGAGUGAUCAUCAACGUCUUUGACUAUCCAGGAGGGGGUUACAGCCAUCGCUACCAUCACGGAGGUGUAUACCCUUACGAGAAGACUGGAAAGGUACCAUAUAUGUCUCACUACGUUACCGACUUGUUACCGUGGACUUACUGCUGUCGUUUCGGUGAGCACGAUGAUUCCGAGUGCAAAAACUUUGCAAGAGAACGACCAUCUCAAAUGUGCGACAACUACAGGCCACCACCACCAGCGAUGGGAAAUGGCGACCCGCAUAUUGCAACUCUCGACUCGACCAUGUACACCUUCAACGGGCACGGUGAAUACACCAUGAUGAACGCACGAAACGGGACAUUCAUCUUGCAAGCAAGAACCGCACCACUCUCGGGAAUCCCUUUGGCCACCGUGUUCAUAGCUGUCGCUGCUAGGUAUGGUGAUGGUGACAUUAUCCAUGUUCAAACAAAUGAACGCAGGGUUCUUGAUGCGUACGUCCAACAAGUCGGAGAUGAACAGAAUUUCACGAGGAUUGACUUCACGCAAGCUCCUCGAUGGGCAUUCCAAGGCGUUUCGGUAACGGGUCGCAACAUUACCUCAGAUGGAAUCCUAAUUGCUUUCGACGGCGGGGUAGGACUGACCUUGAAGGAAUCAGAAGGGGCUAUGAGUAUCUUCCUUGUCGCUCCGGACUCCUUCCGGAAUCAAACGCAAGGUCUGAUGGGAACGUGGAAUGGUGAUUCCAGUGACGAUUUUCUGACCCCUCAGGGAAAUCUGUUGUCACCUGAUUUGACUACUGAACAGCUACACGACCUAUUCGGACUACAGUGGGAGAUCGACGCAUCAGAAUCGUUGUUCUACUAUGAUUUUGGCACCGACCACGAAUCCGUCACGGAUCGCACGUACCGUCCCAUCUUUGAGCCAAUCACAAACCCUUUACUAAACCCAGCCCAGGUGGAGGAAGUCUGUGGUACGAAUCGGUUCUGUAUCUUCGACUACCAGACAACGGGUUCGCAGUCUUUUGCCGAGAAUUCCAUCGAGGAAUUCGACCAGUAUGAAGAGGCUGUCGACAAUCGGGAGUCAUUCGUGAGCUGCCCAACUCUUUCCGCCCCUGCUAAUGGAAGUGCCAUCGUGACGACCUACGUAGCAGGGGGUGUCGCCAGAUUCGUAUGUGAUAGUGGGUUUGAACCUAGUCGCGUGACCAACCUAACCUGCCAAUCAAAUGGAACAUGGACUGCUGGUGACACUCCGACGUGUAUUGAGGUUUUCGUGCCGACGACCACUGUGAUUUCCAUGCUUACCUCUAGAAUGACCUCUCGUGCUGCCAGAACAACACUGCUAUCAUCCUCAGGUCCAACUGAAACAAAGACUUCCCAAGACACAACAGCUCCAGCAGCAUCUACUUUUACCGCCGGUCGAGGGACUUUUCAACCUGUUACUGAUAUAUCUACGACCAAACCACAAAGACCGACCAGAUCAACGGAACAGUACGUAACAGAGGACGCCAGGACAUCCCCACAGUUGACCACAUUACUGAAGAAGGUUGACGAUGCUCUUCCCGCAUGGUCGAUCGUUUUGAUAUCACUUGGGUCGGUUCUCUUCGUCGCUAUUAUCGGGCUUAUUAUCGGCAAAAUGUGUCACAAGAAAAGUGUGACACCUAAUAAUAGCCAAGAAUUUGCCCACCCGAAUCCCACGUUUGAAAUGAUUGAGACGGGGUAACCAUCAAUUCGCUGUUGGAGUUUCCUGCUUUGAAGACAGCAGACGACUCACACCCACGCAUUCACAGGGCCACACCUAUAUAGCACACACAAAGAUCAAAUCUAUUUUAUAUCGUCCUAUCAUAAGAUAUAUGACUCUAUCCAUCCCUUAUCCUUGAAGAAAGACUAAAAAAUUAUUUUUUUAUUAUUAUUUAGUACAGAACGAAACGAACUGACUCCACUCAAUCGUGGUAAUGAACUCAGUAAAAAAAAAGUUAAGUAACAAGUGAUGAGAGCUAUGCAGUGAGUUGUAUACCCUACGGUAACCUAUCUCUUCAUUUUCCAUAGCCCCCCCCCCCCCUCGCCGGCCGGCCGUCCUUCCCAUUUGUGAAUUCAUUGAAUACAUUAAUGGUAAUAACUUUGUUUGCCUUGUAUCACUUUAACAGCUCAAUAAAGGUGAAACGUGAACAGUCACCUUGAUUUAUAGGCGUAUAUAAAAAUUAAGUCAUGAAUUAAAUCCUGUUUGUUAGUUCAGUCCAAAUGGAAAUCAAUAAAGACCAUCAGAAGAGGAUGAAAGUGAAAAGAAAAAAAAUCAUUUUUGUAUUCCUUCAUGAGUAGGCCUAUCAAAUAGUAUCUUACUUUACUGCAUGCUGGAAAGUAAGUAUUAGAUGAUUAAGAUGAGAAAAAGUUAAAUGCUUUGUUAGUAACUAUACUUUUUCAUUUCAGGCCAAUCAACAUGAUCAAACAGUGUAAUAUUAGGAAACAAAAUAAUGUACUUUCAUGCUAAAUGAUUGUUGAAUGGCGAUAAAACUGUUUAAUGUCUCGCGUUAAAACAAGCAUUAAUAGUUACGUUGUAGACAAUGACAUUUCAUCAUUCUCUUUAUGAUCGUUUUUUUACACCUCGUUCAAACUGUCGUGCAGUCUUUACUAAAGCCAGGAUUGGCCUUUCGUAACUGGUCACGAAAAUUUUUCAACCAUUCAAAAAAAUGUAUACGAUCAAUACGAUUACCACGACUGAUCUGAUACGAUGUGAUAAGAUCACUACGAUUCAGUUUCAGUACGCAGUUUGAAUCGUGGCGCAAAUUGUUACAGUGGCAACGAGGAUAACGAAUGCACCAUCAGGGCACGAUGAAAUUACUAUGACCCGCGCCAUGUUAUACGCACUUGCGACUCGUGCAGCCAGCCCAAUCAGCAAGAACACCCGGACAAGAACUGUACAGCGUGGACAUGCAGCGAAGGGAUUGAGCGUUGCUGUUCGGUGAUUUGGGGUGUCACGCGCGUAAAACAUUCCCCAUAGACUUGUGUGUUAAAAUGGAACUUUUAAAAAAAUCAUAAAAGUUAAUUGUGAAAUUAGAGAUUCGAAUGUUUACUACCAUUGGAUAAGAUAUAUAUCUGACAUUCCAUAUCUGACCAGAAUAGGGUAUCGUAGCCAGCUCAUUUUAAAAAGAAAUCGCCAUUAAUGAAGAUAACUAUGAUAGGAUCAAAUUUAUCAACUGAAACAGUAAAAUAGGCCAAAUUCUUCCGCCAGUCAAAAAUAGUUCCAAAAUCACUGACACAUCUUCCCAAUUUUGGCCAUGGAAAUUCAGUAGUUACCUUUUCUACAAUCAGUGUUAGAUUUUCAAUCAUAAUCAUACAUUUUUGUCAAUCAGCAAUGUCAAAUUGAAAAAAAAGAAUGGGUAGGGUCGAACGAAUAUAUUUAGCCUUCCUUGUUGUAAUUAGGCUCAUGGAACCUUAGGGACAUGCAUCACGAAGGGGAGGGGCUAUUCGCUGGGCCGGUGAUUUCAGCAGUAACACCGCCUCCAUGAUUAACGGACACUAUCUCUUAGUCCAGAAAGAAACAUAUUUCGACCGAUCGAUUUAUUUUUUUGUUUUUUACUGGUAAGAUUAGCAACAUUCUGCUAUAGAAAAUAUCAUAAUCUACUAAUGAUCAAUAUUGAACCACCUCAAUGACUGAUUCGUGGGUAUGCAUUAUGACACUUUGUUUGCCAAUUUCGAAACUUUGUAUGAAUUUGAGCCAUAAAAUUAACCAAAAGUAGUGCUUUUCUCAUUAAAGACCAUUUCAAUAUCAGAUGAGGUAAUACGUAACUCGACUUAUUUAUGAACUUGGUUUUAGUAAUUAGUACGACUUUAGUUUAAAACAUGAUGGUAAUGAAAUACAAAUACAAGCAUCAAUCAAAUUUAUGCAUUUUAUGCCUAAUAAAAAGAUUUUUUUUGGAAAAAAAAAAGAUAGGCAUGUGGUUUAUUACCCGUAUGAGACAUACGCAUGUCUAUUAAACUCUACUCACAGACCAUGAUUUAAGAUCUUUGCUCGUAUUAAUUUCAUCCUGAAAUUGUAUUUGCAUUGUUUGAUGUAUGCCUACACGGAUUUCGUUAUCACUUUUAUCAUAUUAUGAUACACAUCUCGGUUUUAUUUGUUUAAAGAAUGGUAAAAGUACAUCAAUAAAAGUUGGGACACCUUCAA